UUCGUAAUGCGCUGUUGUUUGACGUCGGUGUUGGAAUCUGAAAAAAAUCAACAGGAAGCGGCGGAGGAGCAGCGCCUCUAGUCGCCAAACAAACGGCUCCAUUACAGAGGCAGAGAGGAGCCGGUGACCCGCAGGAGCUGCCGCUGCGGUCCCCCCCCCCCCCCCCCUGCAAGCUUGUGAUUAUGCGGCCCGAACGGUGUCUGUAAAGCGGCUUUUACAGAUCUCAGUCCCGGCUUUCGGGGGCGCAUUCCUGUGAGCGUCUCUGUUUGUCACUCUCUGCCAUGACGGAGCCCCUCGGAGCCCCCGCCGACGUCCUCCUGCAGCGUCCCUGGCUUCCUGUGAACAUCAGCGGCUGCCAGCUCCUCACCAAGAGCUGGUUCGGUGAGACGGCGUACCACGUCCUGCUGACGGACAUGCAGUGUGUGUGGGAGGAGAGGAUGGACUCUGCUGCCAUCCAGAGCCGAGCGCAGGAGCUGAACAGGCGUCUGCGAGCGCCGGUCAAAGCUUUCUUCUCCCACCUGUGUGAGGUGGUUCAGCCCUGCCUGUCAGACGGCGGCGGCAGCGACGAGGCUCAGAUCUCUCUGACCCGACAGGAAGACGGCGACAUCAGCAUGAGGCUGAAGAGCGAGCUGGCAGGGCUUCCCUUCUACUGGGAGUUCCACUGCACCCCCGCCCCCGUCACACUGGUAUGUGUUCAGCUGCUGCGCCCUCUGCUGGCGAUGAGCCGCCUGCUGCAGCGGCAGGUGGAGCAGCUGGGAGGUCUGCUGGUCAGGAAGGACGCAGAGAUCCAGGACUACAGAGAGAACGGAGCCACACUCAGCAGAGAGCGCCUGCAGACGGAUGCUUUUAACGAGCAAAUCUACAAAGAGGACUUCAUGUCAAAGGCUCUUCCUCAGGUGUGCUCCGAGCAGCGGGACUCUCUGGGCUUCAGCAGUGACCUCCAGCAGCUGUACCGCGCCAUCGUCGCCCACGGCAACACACGGAAACGCAAACCGUCAGAGGAAGGCUCCGUCGAGCAGGAGCAGCUCGCCACCGAGGAGCCCGACCUCACCCCAUCUUUAGCAGGUGAUGGAUCGAUCGGCGGGGAAUCAGGUGAGACGGGCAGAGAGCAGAGCCAGAACAGCCAGGCGGACGCACCUGGAGACAAGAUGGCCGACAGACCGACAGCACAGCAGUCUCUCUCCGUCUCGUCCGUUCCUGCAGAGCGACCGUCCUCCAAACCAAAGAAGAAGAAAGUGGUUGGACUGUUCAGAUGAGCCCGAGCAGUAGGAAACAAACACAGACCAUCAUUAAGAACUCUAUUUAAAAAAAAAACGUGCUUUUUUUUUCCAUUUGGUGAAAAAUGGAAAAAUGGGUUUUUAUCUAAAAACGUAUUUUUAAACAUCAAAGCUUUUACAGUUUGAAAGACUUUAAGUGGAUUUAAAUAAAAUCAUAUGUACAGAUUUUAGAUAAAAAUGUGUCAAUAAAUCUGUUUUUCUAUUUUUAAUGAUUUUUUUGAUGAGAUAUUAGACUUAAUAUUACAAUAUUCCAUCACGCUCAUGUUUCAGAAACAAUAUUUAAAAUACGCAGCUAAUGAAACAGCUUAAUCAACCUUCUUCUAGUUUGUAGCAGGUUUACAUACACAAGUCUGGACUUUGGGGGGUUUUAGAGAAGUCAAACAAGCUGUUGAUUAAAGAUUAAAGAUGUAAAUAUAA